GAGGCGCGCGGGGCGGGCGGGCAGCGGCGCGGCACAGCCCUGAGCGGAGCCUCCGCGCUCCCGCAGCGCGACUAUGGCCGGGGGACGGCGGGGGCUGGUGGCGCCGCAGAACACCUUCCUGGAGAACAUCGUGCGCAGGUCGAACGACACCAAUUUUGUCUUGGGCAAUGCCCAGAUAGUGGAUUGGCCCAUCGUCUACAGCAAUGAUGGAUUUUGCAAGCUGUCGGGAUACCACAGAGCAGAAGUUAUGCAAAAAAGCAGCACCUGCAGUUUUAUGUACGGAGAGCUGACAGACAAGGACACAAUUGACAAGGUCCGGCAAACCUUUGAGAACUAUGAGAUGAACUCCUUUGAAAUCCUCAUGUACAAGAAGAACAGAACACCUGUGUGGUUCUUUGUGAAGAUCGCUCCGAUCCGAAACGAGCAGGAUAAAGUGGUUUUGUUUCUUUGCACUUUCAAUGACAUAACGGCUUUCAAGCAGCCCAUUGAGGAUGACUCAUGUAAAGGUUGGGGGAAGUUUGCUCGCCUGACCCGUGCCCUCACCAGCAGCCGGGGUGUGCUGCAGCAGCUUGCUCCCAGCGUGCAGAAAGGAGAGAACGUCCACAAGCAUUCACGGCUCGCUGAGGUACUGCAGCUGGGCUCGGAAAUCCUCCCACAGUACAAACAAGAGGCACCAAAGACUCCACCGCAUAUCAUUUUGCAUUACUGUGUUUUCAAGACUACCUGGGACUGGAUCAUCUUGAUUUUAACCUUCUACACGGCUAUUCUGGUCCCUUACAACGUCUCCUUUAAAACCAAACAGAACAAUGUGGCAUGGCUGGUCGUCGACAGCAUUGUAGAUGUCAUUUUUCUGGUGGACAUUGUGCUUAAUUUCCAUACCACCUUUGUGGGGCCAGCAGGAGAGGUGAUCUCUGACCCGAAGCUCAUCCGCAUGAAUUACCUGAAGACCUGGUUCGUGAUCGAUCUGCUCUCCUGCUUGCCAUACGAUGUCAUCAAUGCGUUUGAGAACGUUGAUGAGGGCAUCAGUAGCCUCUUCAGUUCACUUAAAGUGGUCCGGCUGCUUCGGCUGGGUCGUGUGGCUCGGAAGUUGGACCACUACAUCGAAUACGGCGCAGCGGUCCUGGUCCUGUUGGUGUGUGUGUUUGGUCUCGCAGCACACUGGUUGGCCUGCAUUUGGUACAGCAUAGGAGACUAUGAAGUUAUCGAUGAGGAUACAAACACGAUCCGAACUGAGAGCUGGCUCUAUCAGCUGGGGAUGUCAAUAGGAACACCGUACCGCUUUAACACGUCGGGCUUUGGGAAAUGGGAAGGUGGGCCAAGCAAGGAUUCGGUCUACAUCUCCUCGUUGUAUUUUACCAUGACCAGCCUCACCAGUGUUGGAUUUGGGAACAUCGCUCCGACUACAGAUGGGGAGAAGAUCUUUGCUGUUGCCAUGAUGAUGAUUGGCUCCCUUCUGUAUGCAACCAUUUUUGGUAAUGUGACAACCAUAUUUCAGCAAAUGUAUGCUAAUACCAACAGAUACCAUGAAAUGCUGAACAGCGUCCGGGACUUUCUAAAGCUCUACCAGGUCCCUAAAGGACUGAGUGAACGUGUGAUGGAUUACAUCGUUUCCACCUGGUCAAUGUCCAGAGGAAUAGAUACUGAAAAGGUGUUGCAGAUAUGCCCUAAGGACAUGAGAGCAGAUAUCUGCGUGCAUCUGAACCGCAAAGUGUUCAAGGAGCACCCAGCCUUCAGGCUAGCAAGUGAUGGGUGCCUUCGGGCUCUUGCCAUGGAAUUCCAGACAGUGCACUGUGCUCCGGGGGACCUGAUCUACCACGCAGGCGAGAGCGUCGACAGCCUUUGCUUUGUGGUCUCGGGGUCUUUGGAAGUGAUCCAGGAUGAUGAAGUCGUGGCUAUAUUGGGCAAAGGAGAUGUUUUUGGGGACGUGUUCUGGAAGGAGUCUACCCUCGCCCAGUCCUGUGCCAAUGUACGGGCUUUGACUUACUGUGAUCUUCAUGUGAUUAAGAGAGAUGCCUUGCAGAAGGUGCUGGAGUUCUAUACAGCCUUUUCACACUCCUUCUCCAGAAAUCUCAUCUUGACCUACAACUUGAGAAAAAGGAUCGUGUUCCGGAAGAUCAGCGACGUCAAACGCGAAGAGGAGGAGAGAAUGAAGAGGAAGAACGAGGCGCCCCUGAUCUUACCCCCGGACCACCCUGUCCGCCGCCUCUUCCAGAGGUUCAGGCAGCAGAAGGAAGCGCGGCUCGCAGCAGAGAGGGGCCGGGAGCCGGAUGAGCUGGACGUGGAGAAGGGGAACGUUCUCGGGGAGCACUCCUCGGCGCGCUCGGUGGUCAAAGCCAGCGUCGUGACUGUCCGGGAGAGCCCGGCGACCCCCGUGGCCUACCAGUCCGCUUCCACGUCUGGGGCCUCUGACCAGGCGAAGCUGCAGGCCCCGACGUCGGACUACGCGGGAUGUAAAGUGUCCGGGGACUUCCCCCGACGGAAAGGCUGGGCCAAGUUCAAAGACGCCUGUGGGAAAGGUGAAGACUGGAACAAGGUGUCUAAAGCAGAGUCCAUGGAGACUUUACCGGAGAGAACUAAAGCUUCGGGAGAAGCUACCCUGAAGAAGACAGACUCUUGUGAUAGCGGCAUUACAAAAAGCGACUUGCGCUUGGAUAACGUCGGGGAGACGAGAAGCCCGCAGGACCGCAGCCCGGUCCUCACCGAGGUCAAGCAUUCCUUCUACCCCAUCCCAGAACAGACUCUUCAGGCCACCAUGCUAGAAGUGAAACACGAGUUGAAAGAGGACAUCAAGGCUUUAAACACAAAAAUGACCAAUAUAGAAAAACAGCUCGCUGAGAUCCUUAGGAUAUUAACCUCAAGAAGAAGCUCCCAGUCGCCACAGGAGUUGUUUGAAACAUCAAGGCCCCAGUCUCCAGAAUCAGAAAAAGACAUGUUUGGAGCUAGCUGAGGUGUUUGUUUGUUUUAAACACAAACAAAACCCCAACAAGCAAAGAAACAGCCCCCUAACAUUUUAAAUGUAACCCUUCUUGAAACCGAGUGAGGGACCAGUUCGCUAAAGCAUGUUCCCCGUGUCCAAAAAGGUACGGUACCAGGAAUUGCAACCUCAUGUCAAGAUGGCAGCUGACUCUGAAGCCUUUUUGACAGCAAGGGUACAGUUUCUAAAGUUUCUUUUCUCCCUUGGUGCCCAUUUCCCUCCCCAGUUCCUCUCUUUCCCUCGGGAUGUUGGAAUAAGAAUUCUGACAGCAGCAGCAGUUGUCCCCAUGGGCCCCAGGUGACCUCUGAGGGUUUUGAAGCAUGCCUUACAUCGCCUGCUUGGGUUUUGCCUGUUGCUGCCCUGACUCCCAGCGAACACCCUGUUUAACAGCUUCGAAGGUGAUGUUCUGUUUCUACAGUACUUCACUUUAAUGAACCGAACAAGCGAUUUACUGUGAAUAUUAGGUGACAUACUUUCAAUCACUCUUAAACAGUCUGUGAAAGAAUUUAAUACCUAAUUUGUCUUUACUAUAUAAACAACAACGUGUAGGAUGACACUUGUGCAGAUGCGUGUACAUACACACAUAUAUAUAGUAUCUAUGUAUAGAUAAGUCUAUGGACUGCGUUUCCGUUAAGUAAAAGCACAUCCCUCAUUUAAUGAUUCCAGUACAAGAAGGGAGCUUCUUUCUUCCAAAAGGCAUCCAGCACAUGUCCUAGCUAGUAUCUUGUCUGUUAACUGUUGGACUUUUAAGGCCAUGACUUAGGGUUUCUC